GUUGUGCUCGGAAGUGUCUCGGGUCUUUUUGGGUGACUGCGAGAGUGAAAGCGGCGUGCUUUGCAUCGCUACUUAUUAGAAAUUGAUCCGUGUUCUGCCUUUGUUCGGUUCAAUCAUUGAUCAGCGUGGAGCGACCGGGGAGCAGCACAGCCUCCACCAGCCACACCGAUCUGGGAUCAGCACCGCGGACAGCACUGUUAUUUUUUUUUCUUUCUUUUUUUCCGCUAAAAUCUCGACAGUGAGCAGCUCGCACCGCUGUGCUCGCAUGUACGGAAACUUUUAAUGUGCCGUUGAGUCAGUCGCUCUUCUUUCAUGGUAACUUUUCACACAGCUUUGCGUUUUGUACGGUUUGUGUCGACGGACGUCACGACGCUGCUGGCUGCACCGGUCUUUUGCUUUAAACCUCAAAUUACUGUCGUUUUAGUUGCUUGUAGCCUCCAAGAUGACAAGUUUAUUUGCAAGUUUUUUAAAACGGAGGUAUUUGCUAGUCUCUUUACAUUUUACGGAAGCGCGUUGGUCAUAACGCGUGGACCGGACGUUGAGGUUGAUAAACAAGCAAAUACAAACACGUUUUUAUGGGGGGCGAACACGUCUUCUUUGAAGCUUCCAAACGAUCAUCUGGUCGACUUAUGUGGCACUGAAAUGUGUCUUAACGGCUGGCGUGGGGAAUGUGGCAGAGGGAGCUAAACUCUGUGGCAUCUGAGCUGGCGGGGCGACAAGAGGAGAGUGAACAUUCUCAUAAGCAUCUGCUAGAACUGAACAGGGAGUUCAGGAGAAAUGUACCUGAGGAAGUCCGGGAGAUGGUGGCACCAGUUCUCAAGAGUUUCCAAGCCCAGGUGGUCGCUCUGAACAAACGGAGUAAGGAGGCUGAGUCUGCAUUCCUCGGAAUCUACAAACAGCUUAUUGAGGCCCCGGAUCCAGCUCCUGUACUGGAGGCCUCACACACACUGGAGGAGAGGCUGCAGCAGCUUCAAACUUUGGCCCCUGACAGUGGGGCCCUAGUGAGGGAGAUCAGCGGGCACUGGAAGAAAAACUUGGAGUGCCUCGAGAAGACAGAGCCCACAGACAACGGUUUUGCAGCCAAAAUUGGAGCCCCCCUCGAGUCGAGCACUCCAGUCCCUGAUAUGACCCCCAAUAGCACCCCGGCUCCUGCAGCCCCAGGCUCGCCACAGGAGAUCUACCAGGACCAAACUGAGGGGCGGAGGGAGGAGGAGAAUGCUGGCGUUAGCUUGGCUGACAAACUGUCAGAGGCAGAGGAGAAAAUCAAGGUUCUGCAUUCAUCGUUGGAUACUUCACAGACUGAGCUGCUCGACCUGCGGUGUAAAUAUAACCAAGAGAUGACGAACAAGGUAGAAGAAGUCGGCCUCAUCAUGGCCAAGCUUGAGAAGGAAAAUCAGAGAGCAGAAAUGGCCCAGAAGGAAGUGCAGCGGCUAAAGGAGCAGCUAGCCAGUGGGCCAAAUGCCUCUGCAGGGAGCUGUCAGUUAGUUGAUGGCAUGAGUAAGGAGAACAACGAGAGGGGCGAAGCAUUGCUCUCCAAACUGGAGUCCACCUUGCUUGCGAAAGACCGUGAAAUUAUCCGUCUUCUUGAAAAUAUUCAGCGGCUUCAGUUCACACUUCAGGAGGUUCAAGAGACCUCAGCAAAUCGAAUCAUGGAGCUAGAACGACAGUUGGCCUACAAAACAGAAGCUAUUGAAAGAUUAGAAACUAAACUGAAAUCCCAAAUGGAUUAUGAGGAGAUUAAAACCGAACUCAGUAUCUUAAAGGUAAUGAAGCUGGCCUCUACAAAUGGCAGCUCAUCCCAGGACUCUACAAAGGCCACAGAGGCACUUUUACUGGAUAAAGAGGCAUUUCUCCCAUCUCACAAAUACCUGAUGGAAAAGGCCAGACUAUUGCACAGCACUGAUGAUGAUCGGUCAGAGGAUGGAGGUCGCGAGACAGGCAGGCCACCCGGCUCCAACUCAUCAUCCUCUCAAGUAGAUGGUAGUCAGGCUUCUCCGAGCCCUGGUCCUCCCACACUGGAUGGCUCGUCCAACAGCCAUGAUCUCCCUCGUCCCUUCUCUGUGUCACCGUGUUCUGGUGACCGACUAUCAGCGGAUCACCUCCUGCACAAGCAUCUCCUCUCCCCACAUUUUAAAAAGGAGGGCCAUAUGGCUUUUCCCACUGCACUCUACGCAGCCAAGGUCGCCCUCAUGUCAACCGCUCAAGGGUCCGGUAGCAGUGACACAGGCUUGCCCAGUGACCACUCUGAAAGUGGUGGCUCGACUGCAGGGGACGAUGACCAAGUCGACACAGCAGAGAUCGCAUUCCAGGUGAAAGAGCAGCUGCUGAAGCACAACAUUGGCCAGCGUGUCUUUGGCCACUAUGUACUUGGCCUCUCCCAAGGCUCAGUCAGUGAGAUCCUUGCCAGGCCCAAACCCUGGAGGAAGUUGACCGUGAAAGGCAAAGAGCCCUUUAUUAAAAUGAAGCAGUUUCUCUCUGAUGAGCAGAACAUCCUGGCACUUCGGACCAUCCAAGUCCGUCAAAGAGGGAGCAUCACUCCACGCAUCCGAACUCCAGAAACUGGGUCAGACGACGCCAUCAGGAGUAUCCUGGAGCAGGCCAAGAAGGAGAUCCAGUCCCAGCGGGGAGGGGACUGCAAGACACCUGUGAACACCUCCUUGGGCAGAAGCAGUAAUGGGGCAGGCAGCAGCUCUGAUGAAACCAUUAAGAACAUCCUACAACAGGCCAGGAGGGAGAUGGAGUCCCAGCAACAGGUCUUGAUAGAUAUGGAAGGCUGUGGAAGAGCCUCGACAGUUGGCACAGGAGCCCAAGUGGAGCAUCUGGGGCCCCAUGAGCAAUCCAGGGGUCUACCUUUGCCCAUCUCCAUUAAACAAGAGGAGGGAGGCUGUGUUACUGUUUGCAUGGCCAAUUCCAUCAGCAGCCCCCAGACACCCCUCAGCGUUCUGUCUCCGGCUGCUUUCGUUCAGAAUAUUAUCCGCAAAGUAAAAUCUGAGAUCGGAGAGGUCGGCACUUACUUUGACCAGCACUGGUCUCAGGAGCGGGGGACGAUGGGGCUCGGUGUCGGAAGCUGCCAGCCCUUUAAUUCCAUUUCCCCCUCCGUGUCUUCCUCCUCUUCCGGUCCCUCUGUAUUGACGCGGCCCUGGCCCCGCCUGGAGAACGGUGAGUGUCUCAGCGAAGAGGCCUCUGCUGCUGAAGAAGAGCUCGGGCUGGGCCGACCCAUGGAUGUGAAGGUGGAGUCAGACACCUCAGUCAGUGGCGAGUCCCCGGGGCCUAGUCCCGGCCGCCUUUCUUACUAUCCGGCGUACAUUCCCCGAGCUUUGAAGCCCACAGUGCCACCACUGACUCCAGAGCAGUAUGAGUUGUACAUGUACCGAGAGGUGGAUACCAUUGAGUUGACCAGGCAAGUGAAGGAGAAGCUGGCAAAGAAUGGCAUCUGUCAGAGGAUCUUUGGUGAAAAGGUGCUUGGGCUUUCUCAGGGGAGCGUGAGCGACAUGCUGUCACGGCCCAAACCCUGGAGCAAGCUGACUCAGAAAGGCAGGGAACCCUUCAUCCGCAUGCAGCUCUGGUUACUUGACCAACUAGGCCAAACCCUCAACCAAGCUCCGCACCAGGGUCAUGAUAAAAGCCCAGUCACCACGAAGUCUUCGCCGUCCCCACCGCUGAGUCCAACAGAGGGUCAACCGAGUCCAUUGGUUGAACCAGUGAGCCUCUCCCUGGAGAGCAGUAAGGAGAACCAGCAGCCUGAGAGUCUGGUCCUGGGGCUGCCUCCACAGCCCGAGGGAGGGAAGUCAACCACCAACCUCAUCGCUCUACAUCACCCUGCUAACCCACUUGGCAUCCAGGAGCUGGUAGCCAUGUCGUCUGAGCUGGACACCUACGCCAUCACAAAAAAAGUAAAAGAGGUGUUAACAGACAAUAACCUAGGCCAGCGUCUCUUUGGGGAGACAAUUUUGGGUCUGACUCAAGGCUCCGUGUCAGAUCUGCUGUCCCGGCCAAAACCCUGGCACAAACUUAGCCUCAAAGGCAGGGAGCCAUUUGUGCGCAUGCAGUUGUGGCUCAAUGAUCCUCACAAUGUGGAAAAGUUGAGGGCUAUGAAGAAGAUGGAAAAGAAAGCUUACUUGAAGAGGCGUUAUGGGCUACUGAGCACGGGCUCAGACAGUGACUCGCCCAGUACUCGCUCUGAGUGUGUGAGUCCAGCGUUAGCUUCAUUGGACCUGUGUUCCUACGGUCAGGUGAAGAAGCCUCGAGUAGUGCUGGGAGCAGAGGAGAAAGAAGCCCUGAGGAAGGUCUACCUCUUGGAACCGUACCCCUCUCAGAAUACCAUUGAGAUGCUAGCUGCCCAGCUCCACCUCAAAACCAACACUGUUAUCAACUGGUUUCACAACUACAGGUCCAGGAUGAGACGUGAGGUGCUGAUGGAGGGUCUGCCAGACAACGAUACUGAUACUGAGCACCAGAACUACUCGCCUUUGCUAACAAAGAGCCCCCACUCUGACGGAGAGGAGAGGAGGCUGCAGCAGCCCUCAGGACAAAACCACAACAGCCUUCCUCUCAGCAACGCUGCGCUACCUUACGUCAAACAGGAGGCAGUGGAGGGAGAGAACAUGGGGAAGGUGGCGGAAGAGGGCUCGAUGAGAGAAACGAGAGCUUCGUGUUUUUCCACUGCAGCGCAAUUCCCACAAUAUAAAAGUGAACACGAUGAGUCCCUUAUGGCUGGCCAGACCGUGGGGCAGGAAGAGGGGAUGAGCAGUCAGGCUCCCGUGUACACUAGCACCACCUCUAUAGAUGCCCCCCAGAGAGUGAAUCAGUCCAGGCAUGAGGGGGAAGACUCUGGAAAGUCGCCUAUUGACCCGGUCAGCUUCAAGGCCUCGUCAGAAGCCUGCCGCAGCAGCUUGGAGGUCUCCCUCAACUCCCCCUCUGCUGCAUCCUCCCCAGGUAUCAUGAUGUCAGUCUCUCCCGUGCCCUCUUCCUCGGCUCCAAUAUCCCCGUCACCGCCGAACCCGCCCUCAACAAGCACCAAUCACAGCCUGGACCCGAACGCGCCCCCUUCUUUCCAAAGCCCCAAGCUCAACAGAAACACUCAGAGACGCAAUGAGAAAAUGGCAAAUCUCAAUAAUAUCAUCCACAGGUUGGAGAGAGCAGCCAAUCGAGAAGAAACACUGGAAUGGGAGUUUUAAGUCUCCGCUAACUUGUUUGUUGUGCUGUUGAGCUUUUCAGUGUGCUGCAGUAUAGCAAAUAAGAGCUUCCUGAAGACUUGGAAUGGAGCCCAGCUCCUGAUAGGCCUCUUCUUCCAAAGUGAAAACUUGUUGAAAAUGGCAACACAGAGCAAACAUUUGCUCAGUUCCUCUCAAGAACUUAAAGGUUGGGGACGAACGUUUAUAAAUGUGUGUUUUUUCUCCUUUUUUUUUUUUU